AUGUUUCUGUUUCAAAAAAAUUUUAACUUUAUUUUUCUGAUUUUAAUUUUUAAAUUAUAUCUAACAACAUCUGAAGAUAAAUAUAAAUUUGAACCAAUAAAAAUUUCUAUUAUCUAUAAACCAUCAAAAAAUGGAAAUAAUUUAGAUACAAAUUUAAAUACAGCAUUAGGAAAAUCAAUAAUUUGGAUUCAAAAUUUAUUAAGUGUUAGAAUUAUGGAAAAAACAUUUGUAAUAACUAAACAAGAUUAUCUUAAAUGUGUUGAAAAUAAAAAUAUAUCUUUAAAUUAUUUUGUUAGUACAAUUUACAAAUCAGAAUAUGCAACUAUUAAAGAAUUUGUAAAAUUUAAUAAAACAGUUGAUCUUUUACAUUUAAAAUCAAAUUUUGGAAUAUUUCUAGAGGUUAAUGAAGGAAGAUGUUCCUCAAAAUCAUUAGAAUUUGCAUAUGCUAAAGUUUGUAGUUCUGAAAAAUUAAAUAAAUAUAGUCGUCCAAUUAUUGGAAAACUUGUAAUUUGUAAAGAUUCACCAUCAUGGAAGCGUAUUAAAGUACCAGAAGAUGUUAUAAAACAUGAAAUAAUGCAUUCACUUGGUUUUGGUAUUUAUAUAAAUAAAAAUAAAAACAUACCUAAUUUUGAUGAAAUAAAAUGGAAUGUUGGUAAAACUAAUAAAAAAGAUCAAAUUUUUAAACGAUAUUUUAUGGAUUUUGAUUCAAAAGCUAUUAAAUUUGCUCAAAAACAUUUUAAUUGUUCAAGGAUAAAACGAAUUGAAUCAGAUGAUAAAAAUCUUUUUCAUUUAAAUGAAUAUAUAUUUGGUAAUGAAUUAAUGACACCAAUAUCAAGUAAUAGUAAAAAUAUUUUAACUGAAAUAAGUGCUAGUAUAAUGGAGGAAACAUAUUUAGGUAAUAUUAGUUGGUACAAAUUUGAUAUGAAUAAAAUAUCAAAAGAAUCUAAAAAUUAUUGGUAUGGAAAAGAUUGGGGAUGUGAUUUUGUUGAAAAAAGUUGUUAUGAAUAUAUUCAAAAUAAUAUUAAUAAACCAUUUCCUUUUUGUUCAGAGAAAGAUUAUAUGAUAUCAUAUUGGAAAGAUGGUCAUGUUGAAGUGUGUUAUAAAAAAAAUAAUAAUAAAAAAAAUAAAAUACUUUUAAAAUGUAAUAUUCAAAAUUAUGUUGAUGAACCAGGAAUAAAAAUUAAUCUUUUAAAAACACCUAUAAUUAAUUUUUAUCCAAAAUUACAACAUUAUGGAAUAAAAUCAGAUGCAUUUGGUUCAACAAAAUUAUAUAGAUAUUGUCCAAUGAUAAAACAAAUUGCUGAAAAUGAUGACUUUUUUUCAAGAAUUGAUAAAGAAGGUUUUAAAAUAGUAAAAUGUUGA